AUGGCUUGUUCUGGUUACUUGCAUCUUAAAGGAGGAUGUGGCUGGAAGCUGAAAGGGAGAGAAACAAAAGCUGAUGGGCUCCAGCAAUGGGCAGUAGUGCUUGAAGAGCAGCAGGGAGCGGUGGAUUUAAGCAGUCUCAUGGUUCCUGAAGAGCAGCAGGGAGCGGUGGAUUUAAGCAGUCUCAUGGUUCCUGAAGAGCAGCAGGGAGCGGUGGAUUUAAGCAGUCUCAUGGUUCCUGAAGAGCAGCAGGGAGCGGUGGAUUUAAGCAGUCUCAUGGUUCCUGAAGAGCAGCAGGGAGCGGUGGAUUUAAGCAGUCUCAUGGUUCCUGAAGAGCAGCAGGGAGCGGUGGAUUUAAGCAGUCUCAUGGUUCCUGAAGAGCAGCAGGGAGCGGUGGAUUUAAGCAGUCUCAUGGUUCCUGAAGAGCAGAGUAUCUUUCCUAGGAGCCCAGCAAAUAAAUCACAAGUGACUGGGUGCAAGAACUUCUGGUCUGAAGAGGGUCAUAAGAGCUGCUCUGUCUCUGAAGCCAUCAUGGAACAGAUCAAUGGAUCUGUCCAGGUGGAGCGUGUGCUGCUCUACACCUUCCUGGAGGCAUCCUCAGACUGUAAGUUCAGGGAGCAGCUGCAGUGCCUGCAAAGCCAGGGGAUGGUCUCUUUCCUGAGAGGCAGCUGCUACGACGACGAUGAGGUGGAGCUGCAGACCGACGGCAAUCGGAGUGGCCACAUGCAGAACGGGGAGCCAGUGUUCGAGCAUGAGGUCGAUGAGGAGGUCAUCCGGCGUAUUGCCACCCAGCUGGCAGCCAUCGGGGACCGCUUCGACCAGGACAUCAAAGCGAGGGUCGUGAACGACCUCGUGCAGCACUUCCUGAACGAGAACCUGUCUGGAGAGGAGAUAACCCAGCACAUGUCACAGGCAGUGGAAGGGCUUGUGCAGGCCAUGCCCUCAGACAUGGAUCGGGAGAAGGCCAUGCUGGUGCUGGCAAUGCUCUUAACUAAGAAAAUUGCCAACACAAUGCCCUCCCUUCUGCAGCGUGCCUUCAGCACCACCCUCAACUACAUCAACCAGCAGCUCCGCAACUGCAUUGCCAGACUGCUGCGUGACUGAGCUCCAG